CUUUCUCUCCCUCCCCAGCAUGCUGUCUGCUGAUAUUGAAUAUUUGGAUUCCUUCGUCUCACUAGGAUACUAUCCUUUCAGAGAAACAGGGAUAGUUAAGCUUAAAAUGCAAGGUGCCUGCAGCGGGUGUCCAAGUUCAUCCGUCACAUUGAAGUCUGGGAUAGAAAACAUGCUUAUGCACUAUGUACCUGAGGUGAAAGGAGUAGAGCAAGAGUUUGAUGGUGACGAGGAAGCUGAGCUGGCUGGACAGAUGGAAUGAGCUUUUUCAGUUAUAAGGGUCAACGCAUCCUCUUCAAAUGUUGCCGCUCGCCAUCCGCAGCUGCCGCCGCCGCCGCUCGCCCGCAGCAGCCACAGCAGCAGCUCAAGUGGCAGAGGCUGAUGCUGGGAAGCUGAUUGAUAUCAAUGCACCAGUGGAUCUGGGAACAGAAUCAAAUGUGCUGCACACAUUUGAGCUCCCUAUAUCAUUGUCUGCUCUGCAAGAAUUUGGCGGAGCCAAGGGCCUGUUUGAUGGUUACAUGGUUAGAAAGCAGAAGAUAGAAGCUACAAUGGGGUAUCUGUGCUUCUGCAGGCUGCUCAGCGGAUUCAACUGUCUGCCUGGCUUCAGUGCCUCUACAAUUGUCCAGAUCAUCCGCUUUCCCUUAUUUUCUUAGAAACAACAUGCAGUCUAUACAGUUUCUUCAUAAAUAUUACCUACUGUAUGACUGAUUAAUGUUUAUACAUGUGGAGUGUGUUGUCAUCUUAUCGUUGUUAUUUGACAAUAUGCAAGUUG